ACAUCACUCUACCGCUACUCUUUUAUUUCACAUUCCCUCUGUGCUCUGCUUUUAGGAACUCAUAUUUGUGUUUUCUCGUGUUUACCUUGGACUUUCUGCAGAAGAGGCCUUCCUACAUAAGCUUAUCUGAGUCAGGUAGUUUUGGUUUGUUUCAGGUACAUUUUUGUAAGGGACGUGAUACAGUGGCAUCCACAACUGAAGGUUGCAGCUUCUCUAACCAUUACUAUGCAAAGGGGCGAGCCUGUGACUGAUAACUGAGAAAUCGACUUGUUCAUGAUUGGGAAAUUUCCUUGAGUAAACACCUGUGUGCCUUUACUUGCAAGCCUCUGCUCAUCAAGCUCAUCAAAAGUGGCUUUACUGAAUCGAUACAAAGUAUUAAAAAGGAGUAUUUGGAAAGUUUGAGCAAAUUUUCUUUAUCUGUGUUUUGGAAUAAUCUUACAGAAAACACCUCCACUUGCUGAACUUCAUAGCCUGACAUUUCCCUGGCUUCAGUGAGAACUAGUUUCCAGGGGUGCACCGAUAGACAUUUUGGGGGCCGAUACUAAUAGCUGAUUUUCAAGGAAGCAUAUUACCUGAUGCUGAUCCAAUUUCCAAUACAGCUGAGUCCAGCUGUAUUUAAAAUUUUGAAGCCAUGGGAGUAAAGGUCCAGCGACCUCGUUGCUUUUUUGACAUAGCCAUCAACAAUGUACCUGCUGGAAGAGUGGUCUUUGAGUUGUUUUCUGAUGUGUGCCCAAAGACAUGUGAGAAUUUUCGCUGCCUUUGUACAGGUGAAAAGGGCACAGGAAAAUCAACACAGAAGCCAUUGCAUUACAAAAGCUGUCUAUUUCAUAGGGUUGUGAAAGACUUUAUGAUUCAAGGAGGUGACUUCAGUGAAGGAAAUGGCAGGGGAGGAGAAUCAAUUUAUGGUGGAUUUUUUGAAGAUGAAAGCUUUGCUGUAAAGCACAACAAAGAAUUUCUUCUCUCAAUGGCCAACAGAGGAAAGGACACAAAUGGUUCACAGUUCUUUAUAACAACCAAGCCUACACCUCACUUAGAUGGACAUCAUGUAGUUUUUGGACAAGUCAUCUCAGGUCAAGAAGUUGUGAGAGAGAUAGAAAACCAGAAAACAGAUGCAUCUAGUAAACCUUAUGCUGAAGUACGAAUAUUGAGUUGUGGAGAGUUAAUUCCCAAAUCCAAAGUCAAGAAAGAAGAGAGGAAAAGACACAAGUCUUCCUCCUCAUCCAGCGAUUCCGACAGUUCAAGUGAUUCAGAAUCUUCCUCUGAUUCAUCAUCUGACUCUGAAACAGCUUCUGAAGAAAAACCUAAGAAAAGAAAAAAGAAACACAAGAAAAAUUCUAGAAAGCAUAAGAAGGAAAAGAAAAAGAGAAAGAAAAGCAAGAAAAGCUCCUCCAGUGAAAGUGAAGUUGAAAACCCUGAAGCACAGCCGUUGUCUACUGUCCGUCCUGAGGAGAUCCCUCCUGUACCAGAAAACAGAUUUCUGAUGAGAAAAAGUCCUCCUAAAGUAGAUGAAAAAGAAAAAGAGAGGAAGAGCAGGGAAAAAGAAAGAGAGAGUAAUCCAGCAAACUCCCAGUCAACAUACCAGAGAAGGCUUUUAGUAACCAGAUCUGGAAGAAAAAUAAAAGGACGAGGACCUAGGCGCUAUCGAACACCUUCCAGAUCCAGGUCAAGGGAUCGCUUCAGACGCAGUGAGACUCCUCCACAUUGGAGGCAGGAAAUGCAAAGAGCUCAAAGAAUGAGAGUAUCCAGUGGAGAAAGAUGGAUUAAGGGAGACAAGAGUGAAAUUAAUGAAAACAAGAAAGAUAAUCAAAAAAGCCCUGGUCGAGGAAAGGAAAGAAAAAUAUCAGACCACAGACAAGCCUCUGAGAGUCCAAAUAGAAGAGGGGAAAAAGAAAAUAAAAUAAAAGAUCAAAAAUCGAGCAGCAAAGACAGGGAAACAAGGAGGAAUUCAGAAAAAGACGACAGAUAUAACAAAAGCAAGGCUAAGAAAAGAGCUAAAUCUAGAAGCCAUAGCAAAAGCAGAGAGAAAUCAAAAAGUAAGGAGAGAGACUCUAAGCACAACAGACAUGAAGAAAAGAGAUUAAGAUCUAGAAGCAAAGAGAGAGAGUAUGAGAAAGGUAAAGAAAAAGAUAAGCAUCGUGAUUCUAGAGGGAGAGAGAAAGAAAGGAGUAGAAGUAAGGAACGGUGUAAAAGAGCAGGUUCAAAAAGUAAUGAACAAGAUCAUAGUAAAAGCAAAGACAGGGAAAAAUAUGCAAAGUCAAGGAGCAGAGAACGUGACCAGGCUAAAGGAAAACAUAGUUCCAAUAGUAGGACAAGAGAACGAAGCAGAAGCAGAGACAGGGGGAAGAGAGCCAGAUCUAGAAGUAGGGAAAGAGAUCGCAGUAGAAGUAAAGAGUAUUCAAGAAACAGGGAUUCAAGAAGAAGAGGAAGAUCAAGAAGUAGAGAGAGAAGAGGCACACCAGAAAAAUAUAGAGGAAGAGAAAAUAGAAGGAGAAGGGAAUCAAGGAGCUCUGAGAGAGAAGAAAGUCAAAGCAGACACAGAGAAAGGUAUUCAAAUAGAGAAAGUAGAAGUUCAUACAGAAAGAGUGAUGCUGAAAACCAAAGGAAGAAACGUUCAAGAAGUUAUGAAAGUAGUAGCCCUGAGACCAGUAAAGAUAAAAAGGGCAGUAAAGAUCAGGGUAGUAAAGAUCAGGAUAGAAGCCCAGACUCAAAGAAAAGGCAAAGUAGCAAGGACCGAGAAGUGAAAACAUCAUUUUCACAGAGAAGUAAAGAAAAGGAGAAGAGCAGAUCUUCACUAGAAAAGGAAAUCAACCAAAAAUCCAAGAGUCAGGAGAGAGACCAUGCUCACAGUAAGGAUAAAAAGUCUGAUCAUGAAUCAAGUCCUGGAACAGAUGAAGACAGACAUGGAUAAAUUUGUGGACUUGGAGUUUCCAUUCUGUCUCAACAUUUUAGAGGCAUUUUGGGGAACACUUUUUUUUUUUUUUUUUUUUUAAAUGUGGACUUCAGUUUGGUCUUUUGAUAAUCUAAAACCUGGAUCAUUUGUACUGCUAAAGUUUUAAUAAACUUGAAAUGAAAACAAAUUUUGUGUGUAACACAGUGUGCUGUGUUUUAACUAUUUUAUUGUUUUAUGUAUCCUUUUGUGUGUUGAUGGCCAGGAGGGUACUUUUCUGUUGCAUUUACUUUUUAAUUUAUAAAUUUAGUUAUCUCAUUGCGAACAAAUGACUGUUUAUAUAAAGAGGCAUAUGUGGUUUUCAGGGGGGAAAAACCUGCAAAUAUAUUAAAUGUCUUCUGAAGCUAGUAGAACUCUGCCAGUUGUAUUUGUUAUUACAGUGUAAUUAUGUUCAUACUAUAGUUCGAAGAAAACCUGAGGAAAUGGGUUUGCGUGGAAUAAAGAGGGAUUUUGUAAUCACAAAGUGAAGUACUUUGCAAUGAAUCUUCAUUUUACCUGCACUGCUGUCGCAUACUUUUGAUUAGUGUUAACAGUAGAGUUCAUGUGUUCUCUGAGGGAGCCAUCUAUACUUGUGGGUCAUAUUUUUGGAAUAAACACUGUCAUAGAAAAUGUUUUAUUUUAUUUUUACAAAAAUGCUAAUCAUUCAAAGUGAGAGUCUCUAUAAACUUUUUUUUCUGUUUUGUGUUUGUCUACUGUGGAAAAUUCAACUUUGGGUCUUCACCCAGUUUUGUUGCUUGUUUACAGUGGAUACACAGAGAUUGAGUGAUUUAACUAGGAUUCAGUUUGUCUCCGUAUUUAUUCUUGGAAAGCAGUGAUUACUGAAUACAACCAAGAACUAGGAUUUCCACCUAUUUAUGAUAUUUCCUAGUUAUUUGUUCAGGAGUGGCAACAACAUUAGGAAGAGUAGGAAUGGGAUGUCUCAUUUUCCACAGCCUAAAAGUUUACCCACUGGGGGGAAAGGAUAGGUUGCAUGCUAGCCAAUUAUUCCAAUCCUAGAAAAAAAUUCUAACAUUACUAUAAACUAUAAUUGUGCCAGGAAAACAUACCUUGUGUUAGAAUUUGAUUCUGACAAAUCUUAAUGUUGAACCACUUCAUUACAUUGGUAACUGGUAGCAUUGACAUUCAGUGUCAGUAUUUUCCUUAUAUAACAUUUCUCAAUGUGCAUGUGCAAAGAUUAGCAUUGUCAUUAAAUCUUGCCUGAAUUAAGUUUAUUGAUAUUCAGAAAAUCUUCAGGUAUGAUUUUUUUUUUUUUUUAAGAAGGAAACAAAUAGCGUUUUUAAGAAGAAGAAAAAAUCCAGGAUGAUUAACUUAUGGACUAGCCUUUAAGUGAAUAAACUGCCAAGUUACUUUUUAUUAGGAAGUACCUGGGGUUCCUGCAUAUGUCAAGGAACAACUUUUCAUAAUGUUUUAAAUACACAUUUUGCAUUGUGGUGCUGUUAUUAGGCAGAAUAAGCAAAAAUACUCAUAAAGAAUAUGUACAAAUAUAAACUUCAGCUGCUUUACUUGGGGAGUGCUGCUCUGGUUGCAGUACAUGUUACCAUCAAACUUGCAUCUCCAUGACCCUAUAGUGAUUCAAGUUAGCUGAACUGCCCUAACUUUGACCCUGGAUGUGCAGGGUUUUGCUAUACUUGUAUCACUACAGGAUUGUGCAAACAACAGUUACUUGUAUCAGUAUCCUUUGAUAAUACUGUUAUGUGUAUUCAUACUUAGACCAUAAAAGGGCAGCCAUAACUGCUCCUUAGGAGGGGUUGUGAUGUUAAUGGAAGAUCCAUAAUGGAUCCUUUCGCAAUAUAUGAAAUGUGAAGCAACUUUGAACCAAACAGCGCGUCAAGAAACUUAAAUAACUGCAGCAGAUCCUGUUGCAUUGUUUUAGGUCUGACGUUAAAAAGCAAAGGAAUUAGUUGAGAGGACUAUUCAGUUCCUUGGGCAUAGACCUUCUUAGCACACUUAUGAUCUGGUAUGUAGAUAAUGUGCUGCAGUGUCUAAUUUUAAAAAUAUAUAUAUCGCAGAGUUUUUCAUUAUUUUUUUAGGGACUCUACCAAACAAAUAAAAAGUUGCUCUGUCUUUGCUGGUUCUUCAGCAGCAAUUAAUGCAAAGACCAGUAUUUGCAUAGAUAUGAGUAUACCUGUUAACAUCACUGAAGACUCUGUAAAAGGGAAAAAAAAAAAAAGCAAACUAAGUAGUAGCCAUGUUGGCUCUUGCUGUGUAAAGAAUUCAUAAGAAAAAAUUGCCCAGUUUGGGUGGUGGGGAUAAGACAAUCAGUAGAAAAUGAUUUUCAGGAUUAAAACAAGGUUGCUAUCAAACAUAAGAACAUUUUUUAAUUGUGUAUAUUUAAAAAAAAAUCUCAUUAAAAGAAGGAGGAUAUUUUAGGGGACUGAAAAAUGAAGCACUUUCAAUUGCAGUUUGAGAAUCAUUUUAGGAAAGAUAACCUUGUACAGAGUAGGUCUUAUUUUAGGCAUUAAAAUAUAUUUUAUAACCUUUCAUAUUUGUCACCUGCCUUGUUUUGGUGCAAAAAGUAGUUUUGUAGUCGUCUUUACAUUCUCUUUAUAGUUUAAGGCAGUGGCUUUCAAACUGUAUUGUACAUAACCCUGGGACUCUGUACUAGGUGAUUAGCAGUUCCGCAAAGAGAUUGAAGAUAAUGGCAGGGUGGGCUCGGAGGUAGUGUACCAUCAUUGCUAGGCUGGGUUGCUUGGCUCCACAUCAGUCUUUUGGAUAGUGGUAGGGGUUUCAUGGCAGUAGGGAUAUAAAAGGGUUCUGUGACUCUAGGAAGUUUGAAAACCACUUCUUUAAGGUACCCUAUUUGUACUUGUACAAUAGUAGGUUUAAAUCCAAUGGAUGGGACAACACCAAAAUGUUGACUUUUGACGCAGUUGGAUUCUUUAUACCACAAGGUAUUAAGCUGUUCACAUUUAAUUGCAGAUGGUGAAAUAUUCUAAAGCACUCAGGGUUGGUCUGAUUCUGCUCCUGAUAAAGUUGGUGGUAAAUUAUACCAGUUGUGACCACUUUUAAAAUCCUACCUGCAAAGUUUAAAGGGAGAGUUGAACUGUAUGGAUGUUUAACAGUGAUAAAUGUAUUAUUUCAGAAAAUGGAAAAGUAUGGUUUUGACUUUUUCUUUGAAUGGAAAGCAUAUUCUAAAUGUUAGUUAGAAGACAGGAAUAAUUCCAUUAAUCUCCCAAAACUGAUCUUAGUGGCAUAUCUGUGAGCCCUGUGGAUUCAAAAUAACAUGUAUAAGGACAGUGUUUUCUGAAAUAAUAAUUUCACCAUGAUCAAGAAAGUCUUGUGAUGUAGUAAGUUCAUGUACUGAUCAGAUGUAUUUCCACACUUCAUCUAGACAUUCUUUGUCAAUCUAAUAACUCUAGUGGGUGCUAGUUUACUAAUACAUUUGAAAUCAUAGGCUUUGGACAGUAUGAUUGAAGGAUGGAAUGACAUUUUCUUUGAAAAAUUUACAGAAACAGUGCAAAUGUGAUGGUAGAUAUUCUGGAUGAUGUUGUAUACCUAGAACUGCAGAUUCCUCCUUGCAGGUGGAUGGCACUAUACUACUUUUUCAAAAACAUUGCCUUUAAGAGAGAUGCUGCCACCUUGAUAAAUUUUUGGCUCCUAUACAAGAAUAGCCACAGUAUUUGUGUUUUAAAAGGCUGUGAUCAAAUUUCACUCUUCCAAUCUAUCUAAUAUCAGUACCCUAUAGAUGUUCACUUUCUGAAUUCUCACACUUGCAGGCUCCUUAUGUAGAUAUCUCUGCACUGAACUGCUUCAGGUACCUAGCCAAUUGUGCCCAGAUGGUUGUCUAGUUUAUAAUAGUAUCAGUCAGUAUUUCACAUUGCUUUUUGCUUGAAGUAAACAUAAAAUGAGGUGUGUUUCUCUUUCCUAAACUCUGACACCUUUUCUAGAAUAGAUGAUAUAUUAAAGGGGCAAAAUUUUCCUGCUGGAUAUCCCUUUCAGGAGCAGAAUGGAUUUACUGUUCUGCUUACUGGCAGAAGCAUCUUUAUUGCUGAUAUAGUAAGAAUUCUUAUGCCAUAAACCAUAAAAAUAAACAUACUGUACUUUAUUAAAUAUAUGUCUUUUUCAAUUACCCUUCAGAUCUCUUUAGUAUAUGCAAGAAGACUGUAUGAGAGAGGAGCUGGAUAUUUUUCUGUGUAUAUCAUGCAUCAGUUUCAGUUAGUGGCUUAAUUUCCAAGAGGAUGUAAGCAACAGAGUUAAUAAAUUCUUACUCUUAAUUCCCAAAGGAGACUGGUGGUAUAAAUCUUAAAAACCAAAACAAAAAAACUCUACAUUUUUUCUUAAUUUUUAGAGUGCAGUUAUCCAAAAAAUCCAAAACUGCCCACAUUCUGCAAAAUUUAGAUUCUAAACUCUUAACUUGGCUUGUUUCAGAGUUUGUGGUGUGUUACGUUUCUUUGAAACAAUCAUCUGUUGACCGUAGACGCCUAUUUUGUGCAAUUUAGAAGUACCAUGGUAGCAAACUUAUAUUCUUCAUUAAGGAGCACAAUGUUCUAUUCAAUUAAUUAAAAAAAAAAAAAAAAAAGAACUUUUUGACCUCAAAAA